CUGACUUUCAAUCUAUUUUCUUGAAGAAAAUAAAAACCCAUCUAUUUUUUUUUGUUUUUUUUUUUUGCUUUUUUUUAAGGGGGGAAAUUUGUUGGCUGAUGAACAAAUCUGGGGAUAUAAAAAGAGGCAGGUGGUUUUUGCAACAUGAAAAAAAGAAGCAAAGAAAACUACAUCUACCAGAAAACAGACCAGUUUUUGAUGUGUUCUUCCUUAUUCGCUCUUCUGCCUGGAUUCUGUACUGCAAUGUGCAUGUGGUAAUGCUGAACAAAACUGGGAGCAACGGAAUAUGUCUAAAAUCAAUAUUUGAUAUGUUAUACAUCUCGAAACAUCUAAGAACGCAUAAUGAUACCUGCAACGAUUUCAGUAAUGAAUUUAGAAGCAGGUAGCAUUGCUGAAACUGCGAGCAUGCUCGACGAGCUGUGGCCUCUCGGUGAUAUUGAUCCGAAAAAGUCUAAGUUCCCAUGUUGCUUAGUUUGGACUCCGCUUCCAGUCGUCUCAUGGCUAGCACCUUUUAUUGGACAUGUCGGCAUAUGUAGAGAGGAUGGUUCGAUUUUGGAUUUUUCUGGCUCUAAUCUAGUUAAUGUUGAUCAUUUUGCAUUUGGUGCAGCAGCCAAAUACUACCAACUCGACAGAAAACAGUGCUGCUUUCCUCCGAACCUUUCAGGGCACGUAUGCAAGCAUCGCUACAAGCAUCACGAGUUUGGAACCGCUAUAACUUGGGACGACGCUCUAGACUUGAGUAAGCACCACUAUGAGAACAAAUCGUACAAUCUCUUCACAUGCAACUGUCACUCGUAUGCUGCAAACUGUCUGAAUCGCCUCUGCUAUGGCGGGUCAAUGAACUGGAACAUGAUUGACAUCGCUGCUAUGGUACUAUGGAAAGGACAAUGGGUCGAUGGGAAAUCAGUCUUGAGAUCUUUUCUGCCGUUUUUAGCAGUGCUGUGCCUCGGCAUUUACAUGGUUGGUUGGCCGUUCUUGGUCGCAAUGCUAUCAUUCUCUCUAUUGCUUGUCGUGUGGUUUGUGUUAACUACCUAUUUUGUCAAGGGCGUACUAGAGUGCUAAAACGCAUGGCGAUUUUAACUUCUUCGUUUUAAGAGAGAAUGGAAUAAUUUCAUAGUAUUAGCCUUGAUUUUGUUGUCAUCAUAUGACGGUUUCUUUGUGGUGUGUUUAGGCAUAAGGCAUUAUUGUCGAGCCCUCUGCAGUAACCAGAAAAUGCAAAUAGUGAUAUGAGCUUGGGUGCUCCCUGAAAAUUAUCUCAUGGAAUUUUUACUUCUAUAUUAAUUUCUAUGCAAAGAAACCUAAAUUUUAUUUUUACUACUAUAAUACAAAUAUCUCCUAGAGGGGUAUUACUCCA